AUGGAAUCUCUCGUGGCUGGUGCCUGCGCAGGGCUAUUUGUCGACCUUAGCCUCUACCCGAUCGAUACGGUGAAGACGCGCAUCCAGUCUAAGGAAGGGUUUUCGGCCUCCGGUGGCUUUAAAAAUGUCUACAAGGGGUUGAGCGCUAUGGCGGUGGGUUCUGUGCCUGGCGGGGCUGCGUUUUUCUUUGGAUAUGACACAGCUAAGCGGAUGUUCUUGUCGCUCACUGCGUCCAGCGGCGCUGCGAGCGGAAUCGAUGGAGCUGUGAUUGCCAUGACUCCGAGUGUAAUGGCGUGCCAAGCUGCGGCGGCUCUGUGUGGUGAGUCCUUCGCUUGCUGUAUUCGUGUACCAGUAGAGAUGGUAAAGCAGCAGAUGCAGGUGGGACAUCACACAACCAUUUCAUCUACGUUGCGCACUGUCACCAACGACAUGGCAACGUUAGGUGUUGCUCCAGGAGACGCUGCCGCUUCUGUGUCGUCACAGCCAAUUCGUCUCUCUGGCGUGCAUCAUCUUUUUCGAGGCAUGCCCAUCAUGCUGAUGCGCGAGCUGCCCUUCUCCGUUAUUCAGAUGUCCCUGUACGAAUCGCUGAAGGCCAAAAUGCACGCGUCUACGGACCACCCCUACGCCUCCCUCAGCCUCCCCUUUUGCGGCGCCUUCAGUGGCGGGUGCGCCGCCUUCUUCACAACCCCAUUGGAUGUUCUCAAGACGCGGAUUAUGUUAUUCCGGCGCGCACCGGGGCAGCAGAAAGUAGGCAUCCGGUGUGUACUGGAUGAGUUGAUUCGUGAGCCAGCACGGUCUGGUGACAGAUUCGGCUACGCACAGCGCUUCUUCCGCGGGGCUUCGACACGCGUGCUGUGGAUAUCCCUCGGUGGCAGCAUUUUUUUUGGCACCUACGAGUUUGUGAAGGCUGGUCUUCAAAACCUGCACACGCUGUAG